AUGUAUAGUUUGUACAGAGCUUGGUUCGGUGAAGAAAAUUACUCUCAUUUGGAGACACUUUCACCACCGGAUACUGUAAUAAGGGUGGGAAAUGAUGGAGAACAUCAAUUUGUGGCUCAUCGUGGUGUCCUGGCAGCUCACAGCGGAUAUUUAAAAGCUUUGUUGUCAACAACUUCAUCUAGUGCAUCUCGUGUUACUGGAGAUUCUCCAAAUCCUAUUACAUCAAUUUCUGUUUCCUCUGUUGGUGGUGAAGCAUUUGCUCCUCUAUUAAACUACAUGUACACCGGGCGCUUGGAAGUGACCCUAGACAACAUCUACAGCGUGUUAUUAGCGACUCAUUUAUUGCACAUGCCAGGAGCUCUAGAACAAUGUCGCGCAGCGCUUCUUCGUCUUCGCGGUCCAGCUCCACCGCCACCGUUACCACAAGCUUCAACUCCAACUAUUCUGAGACCAGUUCCCAAUAGACUAGUGGGUCCUUCUGUUUGCUGGCCCCAGUCCAGUCUCUAUUCAUCAGCUGGGUUUCCUCUUCUUCCAAGUUUACAACUUCCACCCAGGAUUCCGGUGAUUCAGAGUCCUCAAGAAACUUCAACAGCUUUCCGAGUUAACUCUCCAGAGCCUUCAUCUUCAACAUUUACACCAGAGCGAUCUCAAAAAUACCGAGAGAGGUCCAACAGCCCUAUUAACAUCGUAUCAACCUCCAAAUUAAAGGAUUCUAAAUUACGAGGCAGCAAAGUUGAAGAAAAAAAUUUAAAUAAAAAAGAACAAGAUGAUUUUACAUCCCAAAGGACAGUCACCUCUUCGCCUAGCACCAGCGAGAAGAUAUCAGUGAUAAAUAUUGAUAGUUUAACACAGCACAAAUCCGGAAGAAGCUCCAGAUCCAGCAAUGAUUUAGCUACCACCAGUUCCAGCGGUGUUGUGCUUGAUAUUGCGUGUUGCGACGGCCCGGUUAAGUUUCACCGGGUAUUGAAUGAAAAUUACACCAAGCCAGACAAUGGCUUGAGCAAUAAUCAAAUUGACAAUUCUGGUAAUAAUAAUAGUGGACUCACUCGGCAGCGAGUGAGUCAGCCAGCCAGUGCAAACUCAUCCGCAGAAUCCGAGAUAAUUGGUGAAAAUGAUGAAAAUGGAAGACCCAACAAACAACGCUCCGAGUUUGAUGAAUCCAGUGUUGAGUCUAGUGAAACCGGCGGGAAUUACACAUGUGAAUAUUGUCGUCAUACUUUUAAGUCUCAUUAUUGUUACAAGAAACACGCCAGGAGGCAUCUUUUGCCCACGGGAACUGAAGACUCCUCGGCUUCGAGUCUUCAACGACCGGAGAGUAAAAGACGCAGGGAAGUUCGGCUUCUUGAUUUAAAUGUCCAGUAUUAUCCUUGUAAAAUAUGCGGCAGUAAAUUUCCGAGCUAUUAUUUUGUUCAUAAACACAAAAAACUUUAUCACUCAGCUACUGAAAUAUUGAAUGCUGAGAAUGAGGAUAAUAAUUCGGGUAAUGAGGCUGCUGGUUGUUCUACGCAAACUUGA